AUGAAGACAUCAGCUGUUAUGCGUCGUCUCCGUCCAUACACGACGAGAGGGAUGAUCUCUGGGAAGAAGGAGAUGAAAGAGGAGGUUGUGCGACUAGGAGUUGAGCUGUCUUUACAUGAUGAUGACGACGAGGAAUCGGAAUCGGUGCAAUAUGAAUCGGUAUUGAAGGCUGGGAGCGCUUUCUUAGCUGGGUUAAAGCAUCUGAAUAGCGCUGCACACUCUCUCAAAGGAGGAGGAAAAGGUGGGCGAGAGCUUACGAGACCUCUUGAGAAGAUGGUGAAGAAGGUAGAGAAGAAGCUGGGGCUUGUGGAGAAGGGCGUUGCAGAGGCGAAUGGGUUUGACAGGGAUGCCAUUGAGCCUGACGUUUUGGGGAUUUGGAAGUCUCUCUUUGACGUAGAAGCCAAGGAAGCUACAGAGACUCUCCAAGCCAUCAAGAAUGGAGUUAUCAGUGACUUGUUUCAAAAUACAGAUGCCGAUUUAGAGCAGGUUUAG